CGUUUUAUAUCUGGCAACCCACGCCAGUCCAUCAGUCAAAUCACGCAAAAAAAGACCCCAAAAUUAAAAAGAGCAAUUUUAUUAUUCCUGUGUUUUAAGGAAAAUAAUGUACUCCGUUCACGCCUAACCUAAGGUCAUCUUACGUAAGAUUGGCUCAGUUAACUUUAAAACUAUGGGCAAUCAAGUAUCUGCUGAUGCCGGUGUCAACCUUAAGGCUCCAGUAAACAACGCCAAUCCGCCACCAGAAUGUCCUAUGCACAAAAAAGAAGAAAGCGCGCCCAAGGUUUCCGACUGCCCAGUGCAGCAUGGGAAGGCAACCAAUGACAUAAACCCGUAUAACAUGAUGCCGCCAGCAAAUCAGCAGCCAGCUCCCGACCAGCCUUUCGCCUUGCCUGUCCAACGCCAAGUGUCAUCUAUUCCCAGAGCCAUGCCCGAUGGUUCCACGGAGUUCUGGGUGUACCCGAGCCAGCAGAUGUUCUGGAACGCUAUGUUACGUAAGGGAUGGCGUUGGAAGGAUGAAGACAUAAAGCCAAAGGACAUGGAGGAUAUUAUUAAAAUUCAUAAUGCUAAUAAUGAACAGGCUUGGCUAGAAGUGCUGAAAUGGGAAGCACUCCACGCUAAAGAGUGUGGUCAUCCAAGGCUAAAGAGUUUUGGAGGAAAGGCCACUCAGUACAGUCCUCGGGCUCAAAUUCGCUCAUGGCUUGGGUACGAACUGCCAUUUGACCGUCACGACUGGAUUGUAGACCGGUGCGGCAAGGAUGUCCGCUACGUCAUCGACUAUUACGACGGAGGAGAACUUGACAACAAAUACCAAUUCGCCCUCCUUGAUGUCAGGCCCGCCUUGGACUCCUUUGAAAAUGCUUGGGACAGAAUGAAAGUUAUGUACAUGAGAUAUCGUUACGAACUCAUUGGUGACAAAGACUCUUCAACAAAACUAACAAAUUAGAAAUAGCCAAUACUUAAGAGUAUUACAACUAACUUUAAUGUUUGUUAUAAGGUCCUUAAUUUUGAUCAACUAAAUUAAAUUAAAACAAUGAUUAAGUAAAGCACUGAAUAACUGUUCAAUAGAAUAAUGAUAUUUAUUCAAAAAUAAAUAAAAUAGAAAUAAUAAGUGCUUGCCUUUGUGCCGGACAUGAGUUCUAUCAUGUUAAGUUAAAUUAUGCUUUAUGUCAGUCUAAUCAUAAAAAGUUAGGAUUGCAAUAAUGAGUAGAUUAAAAUUAGAGUUGAUUAAAGUUGUGGAGUCUUUCUGUCGGCAAGUGUUGUCACUGCUAAAGCUCUUUGUGAUUAUGAUUAAUUGUUUUAUUUAUUUAUAUUAUUGUUAAAUUUGAUCUGUACUAUUAUAUAUUUUUUAACCCCGAUGCAAUACUAUGAGAGUUGUAAAGCUACGAAUUUGCUAACGUGCCUUAAGAUGGCAUCGUCCGUCCAGUGGCGUUCUCAUUGCGGGAAUUGUGUUUUCUAAUAAACCAAAAAUCUAAUAAAGCAAAAUAAAACUAUGUGACAAAGACUAAAAGUUGGGGAAUCAGUAAGACAACAAUAUUAAAAUACUGAAUUAUAUAGAUAUUAAUAGGGUAGUUGACUGACUAGUCAAAUCAGUUUCUUUUUUCGAACUGUCAAAACGAUUAGCCACUAUGGAAUCUAUAAUAUUAUAUAAAAAACAGAACAAUGACGUCACGGUCAAGUUACCUACUCUUUAUUAUAGUUCUGUCGGAUGUAUUAAAUAGAAAUUAUGUCUGAAAAUAACUGUGGUCUAGGUUUUUCUAAUAUUUUUCUGGUGCUUUAGUAUAUUCACGGUGUGAAAUAAUUUACUGGAAUCGUCCCUAUGGUUUAUUAGAAAACACUUCCCCAAAUGAGGGCGCCACUGGACUGGACGGACGAUGCAGUCUUAUAGCCCUCGCGCAAGUCGCGCAAAAUGUCGAGUUGCAAUACAAUGCCUAUAAAAUAGUCUUCAAUACAAGUGACCAAAAUUUUCACAUCACGACGUCGUUAUUCUUGGGAUUAGUUGUCAAGCGAACCUCAGGCUCUGAGCCGCGGCAAAAUGCCGGGAUAACGUGAGGAAGAAGGGAAUACAAGUGACCAUAAUUUCAAGAACAACUGUCAACAAAAAGAUAAUUGAUCGAUUUUUUUUAAAUUAAACAUAUAUAUGAACAUGGUUAAACUUGUAAAAUUGAGCAGCAAACAAGUCUUCUGAUAAGAGUACAGUUCUGGUCACAUUUAUUGAAUGGUAUUUCUAUUAGGACACAAUAUCAUCAUCAGAUUUAUGUUUUAAGCAAUAAUUAAUUGGGGGUUUAACUCUUUAUAAGGCAAAUUGAAUCCUAUCACAUUCGAACAAAGUUCAAAAUCAUGUGGGAAAUAUAUUCCCUCUGCCUUAUAAAGGCUUAAAGAAAAAGUAUGAUUGUUCCUAACAAACUCCAAAGCAACUGAGGGCCUACCGCGAACCACGUUCGACGUGUUGUCUCUCUGUCGCACUUGUAAAUUCGUACGUAAGUGUGAUAGGGAGGCAACACGUCGAACGAGCCCUCUAAUAAAUUGAGACAAAUGAUAGGUACUUAAGAUUCAAAGCUGCUUUAGCUGAUAGCAGUAGAAAUGUCCUUUAUUUACUAGUUCUUUACUUAUAACGAUUAAAAUUUGAGUGCAUAAGUAACAUAAGUUGUUAAACAACAACGUGAAAUUGUGAAAUAAAAAUCUGAGACUCAUU